AAGUCCCUAAACAAUACAAAAUCCUAAACCCUCUUAACCAAAGCCAAAUUCUGUAUCUCUUUCAAUUUUUUUUAUUCAUAGACGGUCAUUUGUUAAAAUUUAAAAUCUUUCCCUGAAAAUACAAAGAAAUUUCAUUGAACCUGCAAAAAAAUUUCGUUGGACCUGCAAAAGGCAGCAGCGGUAUGUACCAGGAUAACAACAACAGUAACUCGUUCUUGAUUCAGUCGUCCACGAGGGUUUUGACGACUCAGUGGACCCGUCUCGAGGACAAGCUCUUUGAGCAGGCCUUGGUUGAGUUUCCGGAGGGAACUUCUGAUCGGUGGGAGAAGAUCGCAGAUAGGGUUCCUGGAAAGUCAUCCGCUGAAGUUAAGCAACAUUAUGAUAUGCUUUUGUUUGAUGUUUACGAAAUUGACGCCGGUCGAGUUGAGAUUCCCAGAUAUAGUGAUGAUUUGUCCGUACUGCCUUCAAGUUGGGACUCGGAUAAUCAGAUCUCUUUUAAUUCAAAAUCAAAAUUGCAGGGAGACAAUGAAAGGAAGAAGGGAACUCCUUGGACAGAAGAAGAACAUAAGUUAUUUUUAAUUGGGCUGCACAAAUUUGGUAAGGGUGACUGGCGGAGUAUAUCAAGAAAUGUGGUGGUGACUCGAACACCUACUCAGGUGGCUAGUCAUGCUCAGAAGUACUUUCUUCGGCAGAGUUCUGUUAAGAAGGAGAGAAAAAGAUCGAGCAUCCAUGACAUUACCACAGUUGAUAGCAGCAUGACGGAUGCACCUGUUGAGCAAACUUGGGUUUCUCUGCCAGUUGGUCCUGUUCAACAGGUACCCGCACUGCAACAGUUGCCCCCCGCAAGCCAUUUAGCUGCUCAAGGAGGGUAUCAAAACUAUGGCUUUCCAAUCUAAAGAUAGAUCAGAGCUCCAGUCUCUGUAUAUAAAAGUCAUUGUACUCAUGAACACAAUUUGUAAAUCUUAGUUGUUUAUUCCAGUUUAUAAUACAAUUUGUAAAUCUUAGAUGUUUUAGUUUAUAUAUUUGAAGCAUGUAAAGUACGGCUAAAAUUAAUUUGUUCUAAAAGAACUGUAUUUGUUAUUACAAAACAUUUUAAGGAAAUUUUGUUGGAACAAAUGAUAUAUAAAGAAUGUGAUAGACAUUAUUCUUCAGGUAA